AUAAAUAAAUUUUUACCUAUUCGAAAAACUCACCCAAUUUUAAAAAUUAUUAACAAUACCCUUAUUGACUUACCAACACCUUCUAAUAUUUCAGCUUGAUGAAAUUUUGGCUCUUUAUUAGGACUAUGUCUUAUUAUUCAAAUUAUUACUGGAUUAUUUUUAACUAUAUAUUAUACAGCAAAUAUCGAAUUAGCUUUUUAUAGAGUAAAUUAUAUUUGUCGAAAUGUAAAUUAUGGCUGAUUAAUUCGUACUUUACAUGCUAAUGGAGCAUCUUUCUUCUUUAUUUGUAUUUAUAUCCAUAUUGGCCGAGGAAUAUACUAUGAAUCUUUUAAUUUAAAAUAUACCUGAAUAAUUGGAGUUCUAAUUUUAUUUCUACUCAUAGCAACUGCCUUUAUAGGAUACGUUUUACCAUGAGGUCAAAUAUCAUUUUGAGGAGCAACAGUUAUUACUAAUCUUCUCUCUGCAAUUCCUUAUUUAGGAAAUAUAUUAGUUACUUGAAUUUGAGGAGGAUUUGCAGUUGAUAAUGCUACUUUAACUCGAUUUUAUACAUUUCAUUUUCUUUUACCUUUUAUUGUCUUAAUAAUAGUAAUAAUUCAUUUAUUAUUUCUYCAUAUAACAGGAUCUAAUAAUCCUUUAGGAAUUAAUAGAAAUCUAGAUAAAAUUCCUUUCCAUCCAUUUUUUUCAUUUAAAGAUCUUAUUGGAUUUUUUAUUAUAUUAUUUUUAUUAAUUAUUUUAACUUUAACCAAUCCUUAUUUACUAGGAGAUCCUGAUAAUUUUAUUCCAGCAAACCCAUUAGUUACACCUGUUCAUAUUCAACCAGAAUGAUACUUUUUAUUUGCUUAUGCAAUUCUUCGAUCUAUCCCAAAUAAAUUAGGAGGUGUAAUUGCUUUAAUUUUUUCCAUUCUUAUUUUAAUUAUUCUUCCCUUUACUUUCAAUAAAAAAAUUCAAGGAAUUCAAUUUUAUCCUUUAAAUCAAAUUCUUUUUUGAUCUCUAACUACAAUUAUUAUCCUUUUAACCUGAAUUGGAGCCCGUCCCGUAGAAAAUCCUUACAUUAUUACAGGACAACUAUUAACUAUUCUUUAUUUCUCAUAUUAUAUUAUUACCCCUAUUUUAAAUAAAUAUUGAGAUAAUUUAAUUUUUAAUUAA